AUGGCUCGUAAGCGUAAGGGGCAGGCCCUUAACGACUGCCCCAAGGAUCUUGACGACAUUCCUUACAUCCGCUGGAUGAACCAGCAGAUCGCUAACGGGCGCCAUCCGAAGGGAUUAUCCGCGCCGCCCGUGCUUGACGGCCAGGGAUCCAGUGCACAGUCGCCCAGUGCGGCCCCGUCACGUGUGCGUCGUCAGCCUGCAAGGACGGCUGCAACACACCGGCUUGUCGUGGAGCAAGAUGCGUACGGUGACGAUGAUGACGACCCCGAACAAGGCCUCGACACCGACGACGACGAGGAGGAACCGGAAGACGCUGGGAUGUCGCCCAGCGACGGCGACGAUGAAGAUGAGGACGCCGAGGACCACGUGGAGGAGGAAGCGCAACCUGUGUCUGUGACUAGGAAACGGAGCGCCGCACGCGCAUCUGGGACGAACAAAGGCAAAGGCAAGGCGGCGCCACCACCGCCACGCCAGGAGCCACGGAAGAAGCGGUCGGCUGCACCAGUCGAGAGGGGCUUAAGGUCGGACAAGGAGAGCACCAUAUUCGCCGCGGCGAAGUGGUUCAUGAAAGAGGAGCUCGAGCCUCUCAAGGGGAAGCAGGGGACGCAAUACUGGUGGCGUAACUUGACGCUCCUCUGGCGGGAGUACAAGCGUGGCGACGGGGGGUCAGGCCACGGCUCGGUUGAGAAACCACCGUGGUAUCUGUACCUGGAGCUGCACAACCAGGACACCGCCGCAGCCGCACCGCAUGCGGUGGACGGCGGCGGCGCCACGGACGUCAACGUGCCAGCCGGCAUGGAGGUUCCAAGUUCGUCUCAGCCAGGCACGUCAACACCAACCUUUACGGCUCCGCCGCCGCCGACCACCGCAACACCUAGGCGCGCACGGGUGCAUGAGACGGCUACCAUGCAAGCAACCAAGCUGGUCUCCGCGACCAUCAAGGAUUGUCACGGUGACGCGAUGACGCGCAUUGAGAGCCUCGUCCGUGAAUGGAUGGCCCAGGACAUGCGACUUGCCCGCGAGCGCAUGACUGAAUCGGCGCCCCCGGACGUGCACCGUGCGCCGCCGGAUUUCAGCCCUCCUCCGCCACGCGGGGAGUCCGCACCACCUCCCGAAGCCGCACAGCAUGGCGAAGAUGUUGGCGACGUCAACACCGUCACUCCGGGUGCUGAGGAUGUGGAGAUAUGGGUGCGCGGCGCCGACGAUUAG